GGUGAGGCCGCUCGAGGCACGGACAUGGCGGCGGCGGGGCGUGACGUGUGCGGGGCGCUGCUCACGUGGCUCCAGACCUUCGCCCCCCCCUCGCCUUGUGCCUCCCCCCAGGACCUGAGCAAUGGGGUGGCCCUGGCCUAUGUCCUGCACAGCAUUGACUCCUCCUGGUUCAAUGAGACGUGGCUGGGCCUCAUCCGGGAUGAUGCUGGGGACAACUGGAGGCUGAAGGUGAGCAACCUGCGGAAGGUGCUGCAGAGCCUCCUUGAGUACUGGCAGGAUGUGCUGGGCCGGGCGGUGCCUGAGCACCAGGUCCCAGAUGUGGUGCUGGCAGCUCAAGGUGCUGAGCCCCAGGAGCUGGGCAGGAUGGUGCUGCUGGUGCUGGCCUGUGCCCUCUGCGGCCAGGGCAGGGAAGAGCACAUCCAGCGCAUCCUGAGCCUAGAGGAGCCGGUGCAGCGCCUGCUGAUGCUGGAGAUCCAGGAGCUGCUGGAUAAGGAGGUGAUGGAGACGGAUGAAAGCCAGGAGCAGUCCCGCAGUUGUUCCUUCCUGAGCCCGGCUCUGGAGGGCUUAGGGCAGCGGUGCCGGGAGCUGGAGCUGCAGGUGUCUGCGCUGCUGCAGGAGCAGAGCCGCUUGGUGCAGGAGAACCGGGCGCUGCGGGAGGAGAACGACCGGCUGGAGCGCGAGGCGCGGCGCUUGCAGGCGCGUGCUCAGCAGCUGCGCGGCCCCGUGGGGGAGGGGCGUGCACUGCGCGAGGAGCGCGACGCGCUAAGGAGCCUGGAGGCGGCGGUGGCCUCGUUCCGGGGCAGCACGUGGGAGCUGCGGCGCCGCGCGCAUGCGCUGGAGGAGCGGGAGCAUGCGCAGUUGCGGCGGGCGGCGGCGCUAGAGCUGAGCCGGGCGCAGGCAGCGCGCAGGCAGGUGGAGGAGCUGAGGGCAGAGCGGUGGCAGCACCAGUUCUGCUGCCUGCAGGAGCGGUACCAGGCGCUGAGCGAGGAGAAGGAGCGCCUGCAGGAGGAGCGGGAUGCGCUGCGUGAGGCCAAUGAGGAGCUUCGCUGUGCCCAGCUGCAGCAGAGCUGCCUGCACCAGGCAGAUGGGGCCUUGGUUGGGAGCCUGGCGGCUGAGCUCAUCCCUGCGGAGCUGAGGAACACGGUGAUGCGGCUCCAAAGGGAGAACCGGCGGCUGCAGGAGAGGCUGGAGGCCACAGCGGUGACCCCUCUCCACUCAACACAGGGGGACUCCCAAGCAGAGUUUCUGCUGCUGGAUGAGACCAUUGAUUACCUGGAUGAGCUCCAAGGGGACGAGGACCUGGACCCACACAAGGACAGCAGUGGGUCUCAGUGUGUGAAGGGGCUGCAGCAGCACCAAUGGGGUCACAGCGGGGGGGGACAGAAGGUGCUGGACUCCCCCCUGGCCCCCGAGCUCCAAACCCUCCGGAACCAGUUACAGGAGAAGGAGGCAUUGAUCCGGUACCUGGAGGGUGACUGGGAGCGGAGCCGGGCGCAGCGGGAGCGGGAGGAGCGGCUGCUGGUGACUGCCUGGUACAACAUGGGCCUGGCUCUGCAGCAGCAGCAGGAGGAGGAGGGGGGGGGGCAGCAGCGGGGCCCCCCCGGGGGGGCUCAUUCAUUCCUGGCUCGGCGCCCCCCCCACGGCCGCCCCCCCACCCGUUAAUGGGGGGCCCAACCAUUGAAUUGGGGGGGGGGGGGAGAACACACACAGCCCCUCCCCCCCCUUUUCCCCUGGGCUGGUCCCAUUGUGGAACCUCCCCCCCCAUUUUGGGAGGGGCUUUUAGUUCUUUCCUACCCCUUUUCUAUGGGGGGGGUCCUGUUGUGCCCCCCCCAAAGCGGUUCAAUAAAGUCACGUGACUUAAA